UUGCAAAGAGCAGCAAGUUUGCCAGCAGGAGCCUUCAAAGAUGUGGAAAGCGGUCGUGGGACACGACGUGUCAGUGAAGGUGGAGCCUCAGGGGGACGACUGGGACACGGACCCCGAUUUCGUGAACGACAUCUCCGAGCGGGAGCAGCGCUGGGGAGCCAAAACCAUCGAGGGCUCCGGCCGAGCCGGGCACAUCGACAUCCACCAGCUGAGGAACAAGGUGUCAGAGGAACAUGAGGUCAUCAAGAAGAAGGAGAUGGAGACUGGCCCCAAGGCCUCCUACGGCUACGGAGGCAAAUUCGGAACGGAGCAGGACAGAAUGGAUAAGUGUGCAGUGGGACACGAGUACGUUGCUGAUGUUGGGAAGCACUCCUCGCAGACGGACGCAGCCCAGGGCUUUGGGGGAAAGUUUGGAGUCCAGCGGGACCGAGCUGACAAG